UUUUCUGCUGCUUUCAUUUAAUUCUUAAAACAAUUGGCUAUUAUAUUAUAUAAUAUUCAUUUGCCUCUUUUUCUUCUCAUUUUUUCUGUUCCGUUUAAUCUGAUCUUAUCCUUGCCAACCACCGUCCGUUGACUGACUGAAACUACAAAAUAGAGAAAUCCAUAACUUAUGGCGUCGUCGAAGGUGAUGGCAACAGCGACAACGUCAACGACGAAUACGGAUCUGCCACGUGAACCGUCGUUAUGCUCGUCGCUCUCUACUCUGCUGGCGGAUCUUCAAAAUCAAAGCAUGUACACAUACACGAACGAAAGUGGAGGGGCGUCGGUGACACGCGCGGACGAUGAGGCGUGGGAAGGGAUGACUUUGGAGGAUUUUUUAACGAAGGCAGGUGCGGUGAGGGAGGAGGAUGUUAGAGAGGCUUAUUAUGAUGAUUGUGUAGAUAUUGUUAAUAGUAAUAAUAAUAAUAGUAAUAAAUAUAACAAAAUUGAAAAUAAUAAUAAUAAUAAUAAUAACAAUAAUGAUAAUUAUGUUAAUAAUGAGAGUAAGGGACAACUGAAUCAAGGGAGACAUAAGAGAAGAGCUGUUGUUGAAGACGCUCCGUUGGAUAAGGCUUCUCAGCAGAAACAGCGGCGGAUGAUUAAGAAUCGUGAAUCUGCUGCCAGGUCCAGGGAACGUAAACAGGCUUACACGAUGGAGCUAGAAUCCUUGGUGACACAGCUUGAGGAGGAGAAUGCACGGCUACGAAGUGAAGAGGUUGAGCAGAGUAAGGAGAGAUGUAAGGAGCUUAUGGAGAACCUCAUUCCGGUUGUUGAGAAGCGAAGACCACCACGAGUUAUUCGUAGAGUAAAUUCUGUGCAGUGGUAGAUGUGUUUCACAGCUAGUGCUUGUUAAUAAAUUUGUUCAUUUGGUUGUCAACAAACUCUAGAAGUUAUAUAUGAUGGGUAAAUAGGGAUUAAUUUGAUGAUCUCCGGUCAUUCAACUUCUUACUAUAUCUUUUUAUAGUCAUCCAACUUUAAGUUAUCUCUUCGCCCUUAAUCCUUCAUUUAUUGUGUUUGAAAACUGAAAGACAGAAUUGAUAAUUCCUCACCUUAUACAGAAUUAGUUGCUUA